AUGGGGGUAAACAAAACGACCACUAGUACUAGUAGACGUAAAUAUUUGUCUCAGUUCAGUCUGUGUGGCUGUAAUGUGGCGUUACCAGAACCUAUGGCAUCCGAACCACCGACCAAUCAACCGUUCCUGCAGCGGAACCUCAAACAAACGUUUCACAAUCUGCUAGCAGUAGGACGAGUAAAAGUGCAUCUCAAGCUGGACAAUCUGAUCGUGCAGGUGAACGGUUGCUUUGGGCCGCUUAUUGUCUGCACCGUGCUGUCUUCGUUUGUGGUGCUGACACUGCAGCUGUUCAACCUAUACAAGGUUACCUCAACAACGAGCGAACGCGCCUGGCAUUCAAACGAUAGUUUUAAGCUAACAUACACCUUGCUGAGGAUAGGAGUGCACAGUGCAAAAGUCCUUCUCAUCCUCUACCCCAUACAUCAAGGACAACGCGAGCGGGACCGUACCGGAACCGUGCUGUAUCGCUUCGCUAGUCACCAGGAAUCGAAAGGCUCCACACAUGAUGCGUUGAUGCUGUUCGCUGGCCAGCUGCUGCACGGUAAAGGCCACUACAGGGCAUGCGGACUGAUAACGCUCGACUUAACACUCAUUAGCAAGAUCGUUGCCUCACUUACCACCUAUUUGGUGAUUUUGAUCCAGUUUGACUCUGCCUCGAAGGUUCAAAUUAAGGAAGUGUGUGCACGGUACUUGCGGAUAAGCCCAUCAGGGAUACAGUCGAAAUGCAAACAGUAG